CAAUAUCAUUCGAAAACUUGCACGGUGAGCGACACCGUGGAGGAGAAAGACAACGCAGCGAACAAAACACACAAUGGCGACGGCGGCGACAACGGCAGGCGGAACGGGCUCAGGCGGACCGGCCACCGGCCCGGUAGGCUGCGGGACCGCAGUGGGACGAAAGAAGGACGGCGGUCCGUCCACGAAAUUUUGGGAAAGUUCAGAGACGAUAUCCCAGUUCGAGACGGUGCGGCAGUGGAUCGGCAAGCACUACAAGAAGUAUGUCCAGAAUGACUCCCCCUCCAGUAAAUCCUUGGCGGGUCUGGUGGUCCAGCUGCUGCAGUUCCAGGAGGACGCAUUUGGACGCAGGGUCAACAAUCCUGCUCUUACCAAGCUACCUGCCAAGUGUUUCCUGGAUUUCAAGGCAGGAGGUGCUCUGUGUCACAUCUUGGGGUCGGUCUACAAGUUUAAGAGCGAGCAGGGGUGGCGCAGAUUUGACCUGCAGAAUCCUUCCCGGAUGGACAGGAACGUGGAAAUGUUCUUAAAUGUGGAGAAGAACUUGGUCCAGAACAACUGCUUGACUCGACCCACUGUCUUCCUGUCGCCGGACAUCGAGCAGAAACAAGCCAGUAAGCUCAAAGACAUCAUCAAAAGGCACCAGGGCUCCAUUACUGAUGAUAAGUCAAAGGCCACCCACCACAUUUACCCAUCUCCAUCCCAACAAGAAGAAGAUGAGUGGCUUCGUCCUGUUAUGAGGAAAGACAAGCAGGUGCUGGUGCACUGGGGUCUCUCCCCAGACAGCUAUGAUACCUGGGUAUCAGCCAGCGAGGUGGAUGGGGACGUGGAGGACCCACCCAGCACUGACAGACCAUGGAAGGUCCAUGCCAAAUGGGUUUUAGACACUGAUGCUUUCAAUGAGUGGAUGAAUGAAGAAGACUACGAGGUGGACGAAAACAAGAAGCCAGUCAACUUCCGCCAGAGGAUCUUCCCCAAGGAGGAGGAGUCUUCCCGUACACCCGAUCGCAAGGAGCGCAAGGCCAAUUCUGCCGGCAAGAAGAGGAGGCGUUCACCCUCACCGCCCAGCACUCCUGCUGAAUCCCGCAAGAAGGGGGGAAAGAAGGGGAACCCAGGGCCUCACUGGAAACGACGGGGUCACAGAGGCGAAGAGGAGGACACGGAGGAAGACAUGACCAAGGAUAUGGACGACUCCUCAGCUGGUGCCAGCAUGGAGGAGGGCAGCAUGUCCAAGAAUGCAAAUUCAAAGAAAGACAGUGAGAAUACUCCAGUGAAAGGAGGGAAUGUGGCUGACUUGGAUGACAUGGAGGAUGACUCUGUGCUGUCUGGUGGAAAGGAUGACGAGGAACAGAGCAAAGCUGAAAUCAACCGACUGAUGGACGCUGGCGAGGACAAUGUGACUGAACAGACUCACCACAUCAUCAUCCCCAGCUACAGUGCUUGGUUUGACUACAACUGCAUCCAUGAGAUUGAGAGAAGAGCCCUGCCUGAGUUCUUCAACGGAAAGAACAAGUCAAAAACUCCAGAGAUAUUCCUGGCCUACCGUAACUUCAUGAUCGACACGUAUCGGCUAAACCCUCAGGAGUACCUCACCUCCACCUCCUGUCGCAGGAACUUGACCGGGGAUGUCUGUGCCAUCAUGAGGGUUCAUGCGUUCUUGGAGCAGUGGGGUUUGGUGAACUACCAGGUCGACGCUGACAGUCGCCCUUUGCCCAUGGGCCCCCCACCCACACCCCACUUCACCGUGCUGGCUGACACACCAUCUGGCCUCAUGCCUCUGAACCACCGACCCCCACCGAUUCCCCCUCCACAGCAAAUGCCUAGCUUUGCAGACAAAGGCAAAGACAAGUCCAUCGACCUGCAGAACUUCGGCCUUCGCAGCGACCUCUACAACAAGAAAAACCCCAAGGUUAAAGCAGUCAACUCCACCAGGGAAUGGACCGAGCAGGAGACUCUACUGCUGCUGGAGGCCCUGGAAAUGUUCAAAGAUGACUGGAACAAAGUGUCUGAGCACAUCGGUUCACGCACCCAGGAUGAGUGUAUUCUGCACUUCCUGCGGCUGCCCAUUGAGGAUCCAUACAUGGAGAGCACAGAGGCCUCCCUGGGCCCUCUGGCCUACCAGCCCAUACCCUUCAGCCAGUCUGGAAACCCCGUCAUGAGCACAGUAGCCUUCCUGGCCUCUGUGGUCGACCCCAGAGUGGCAUCUGCUGCUGCCAGGGCAGCCCUAGAGGAGUUCUCCCGUGUGCGUGAGGAGGUGCCGGCUGAGUUGGUGGAGGCUCACGUGAAGAAGGUGCAGGAGGCGGCCAGGAGCACAGGAAAGGUGGACCCCGCCUUUGGCCUGGAAAGCAGCGGCAUCGCUGGCACCGCCCCUGAGGAGCCAGAAAAGACUGAAACCACAGAGGCAGAGAAGAUUGACACGGACACAGACUCCCAGCAGGCCGAUAAGGCGGAGUUGAAGGACGAGGCAGAGAAGCCAAGUGAGUCUGCAGAGAAGAGCGACAAGACAGAGGCCACAGAGAAGGUGAAGAAGGAGGGAGGAGAGGCGUCGGAGCGUGAGGAGGAGAACGAAGAGGGAGGGGAGGCCAAGACGGCUCCAGCAGACAAAGACAAGGAGGAGGCUAUGGAGACAUCGUCCUCAGAGCAGGAGAAGGAUAAGGAGGAGAAGGCGGCUACAGAUGAGGGAGAGGACAAGAGGAAGAAACUGGAGCAUGACAUUGAAGAGGGUAACAUUGCCACCGCGGCCGCUGCUGCCCUGGCAUCUGCUGCCACCAAGGCCAAGCACUUGGCAGCAGUGGAGGAGAGGAAGAUCAAGUCCCUGGUGGCUCUGCUGGUGGAGACCCAGAUGAAGAAGCUGGAGAUCAAGCUGAGGCACUUCGAGGAGCUCGAGACCAUCAUGGACCGAGAGAAAGAGGCUUUGGAGCUUCAGCGGCAGCAGCUGCUCACCGAGCGUCAGGCGUUCCACAUGGAGCAGCUCAAAUACGCCGAGAUGAAGGCGAGGCAGCAGAUGGAACAGCAAGCCGCCGCAGUGGCGGCCGCCGCCGCCCAAGCUCAAGGACAGGCUCCUGGAUCUGGACCCCACUCUGGGCCCCCUCCACCAGGCAUGCACCCUGGAGGGCCCCAGCCACACCAUGGAGCACCAGUGCCCCACCACGGAGGGCCCCCACCGGGUGGUGCCAUGCAUCCCAGCUACCCUCCGAUGGGUCACCACCCCAUGGCCCCUCACCACCCAGGACAGACAGGACCAAUGGGUCCAGGCCAGCCGAUUCCAGGACGUAUGAUGCCUGGCCCGCCCUCUGCUGGCCCCCCUCCUGGCGGCAUGCCUCCUAUGAUGCCCCCACGCCAUCCUGGAGCUCCCAAUGGCAUGUAUCCUGGCCCACUACCUGCACAACCUGAAGCGGUACCUCCAGCAGCUGUGGGUCCUCCAGCGCCCCCAAGUGCUCGAGUGGCUGACAACUAAGAACUACACACACAUACACACAAAAGCACACACACACACGCGCACACACACACACACACACACAUAAAACUAACUUUAUCUCUGAACCUCAGCCCCUUUUUGAUGACCUUUGCUACUGGCUCGGUAUUUUUCCCUCAAAACUACUAUAAACUUUAUCACAGGACACACACACACACACACACACACUCAGGGUUCAGUGGCAAGGGUAACCCAAAUUUUCACACACACACAUCCAGACUUCCUCUCAGGGCACAGCGGCAAGGGUCGUCUAGUAAUAAACACUGUUUUUUGCUCUGUUGGGCCAGAUGGAGGCUGGAGAGAAUGACUCUUUGUACAGAAAACAAAACCAGGAGACAGAACAGAUAAAAAGCUCUUUCUGUCUCACCAUUUUUCUCUUUCCAAUGCUGUUUUAAAUGACACUGUAACCCACUCCCGUCUCUCUUAAACACACAAACACACACACACACACACGCCUCUUCUUGUCUGGUGUCUCUUUCUUCAAGCCGAACACUAGGGGGAGCUAGUGAGACCAGAGGGCCGGUCAGACAUGCAGGGGUGUGUGUGUGUGUGCUUAGCAACCUGAGCUGUAACACACAUGAGGCAAGCAGAUUAUUCAGAUGAUAUUAUGAAUAAAACACACACACCGAGGGGACCCAGCCUGCCCUCGCUCUUGUCUUGUCGAGUAUCUACCUCUCGCUCCUCUUUAAAUGAUACACUGUAGUUCUGUUUGUGUGUGUCUGUGAAUGUGUGUGUGUUCAAGAUAGAGAGGUGUUUGAUGGUGGGUUCACUCAUCUUCCGCCUCUGACCACAGUUUGUGCCUUUUAUGUAAUCUUUGCUUUUCCUUUUGAGACUUUUGCAUUAUUGAUUAUAGUUGAGUUGCAGAAAUAAGACAAAAAAAAAAAGUUUGGAGAAACGAGACUAAUGAAACUAAACUUUGCGUGUUUUUCAAGACAUGUUAAUUAUUGAAGACUUUUGUGUCUUGCUGUUACAAAAAAUAAAGCCUAUAGUCAACAAUAAAGUAGCUUUCUGUUUGACAAAGGGCGUCUCUGAUCCUUGACCCAAGCAAAGAUGGCAACUGGAAAUAAUAUUUGUCACAACAGGAUGGAAGGAUGGAUAUGGUUAGCGUUAUAUUCCAUUUUUCUUAGUGUCAACAAAUCUCAUGAAAAGACCAAAACCAAACAAUGUGUUAGUCUGUCUCUGGUUACUUUCUGACUUCCCUACUCAGCUCCAAGCCAUUGGUUCAUACUGAAGGCGUUUAUCUUUAAAAAUGUGUCAUAAAUGUAUAGUUUAAUUAUUUUAAUUUUUUUUUUAAUGGAUCAGUAAUUUCCUAAACUGCUGGCCACUGUCAUUUUUAACAAACAUUACUCAAACAUGAGUAAAUGAUGCCUUUGUUUGGGACUAUUUUUAGCGGUGGAUUAAUUCCCAUUUGGUGCUUGAGUGAGUAUUUCUGGCAGCAGGACGGUGUAUGUGGGAUUUACUCCAAAUAAACUACACUGUGUGUGUUCGUGGUAAUGAAGGAACAUGUCAGCCAGUGCAAAAAUGUGGCUUAUUGAUGUGUUUUUCAUAGUUUUUGGACAAUAAUGGAGCUCUAUGGCACAGAGGAAUAAGGUAUAUCAGGCUUUGGACACACAAGACAAUACUUGUGAGUUCGAUCAAUUCGUGGUUGGUUUUGGUCUUUUGACUGGAUUUGUUGACAUAAGGAAAAGAUGUAAAAAUCAUCAGUCUUAUCUUUUUAACAUUAAUGCAAAAGUCUCAGAUCUGAUUACAUGAGGGGCACAAAAAAAGGACAGACCGCUAAACAAACCAUCACCUGCUGCCCACACCAACCACAGCACUGUAAUGCACGCACACACACAUACACAAAUGUAAGCUAAGCUGAGGCUCACACUGGAGGCUACGUGCACCCACCGACUUGGCUGGACCCUGCCACAAAGCACUGGACAACCACACACACAUAAACACACACAUACAUAUAAUUUCCUGCUGACCUUCACACAGCCUUUAUAGAGAGGGAGAUGCUGUGAUGCGGCGCGACUGAAACAUCAGAACAUGGACAACGCUCUUCCUCAGCGCGGUGGGCUUCUAGAUGUUUUUAGGUGCUGAUACUGUAGCGAAUAAGCCCCGCCCCCUUCCUCUGCUCACAAUUUCCUAGCGCUUAGUGCUGCCUACCUCGCUAACCUCACACACACCUCCACGCGCACGACAUUUUUGCUUUUUAGCCACUAGCCACGGGAAAUCUAAGCAAUAUCGUCAUUCCUGUGUAUCCACCUAUGUGUGGUCAGUACACUGAAAAAUACUGCGCUACCAACGAGAAGCAAUCGUGAUUUCACAGUUUAGUCCUGAAAUCCUCUGUUUCUGUGCAUAAAUGAGGGAAAGACCACCAAACUUUUAUUUAUAGAGCUGAAAUAAUUAGUAUUCGAUUUAGUCGAUCGUCAGAAAAUUAAUGGGGAACUAUUUUGAUAGUUGCUUAAUUGUUUUGUCAAACACUGUCUGGGUCCAGCUUCUCAAAUGCAAAUAUUUGCUGGUUUUCUUUGUCUUGUAAACUGAAUAUCCGACCGUUGGUCAGACAAAACAAGACAUUUGAAGACGUCAGGAGUUUGUAAGAGGUGCAUUUUCACUCUCCUGACAUUUUAUUGACUAAAAUAUUAAUCAAGAAAAAAAUCGGCCCUAUUUAUUUUCAAUAUUGUCAAUAAAAUGUCAGAACGCUGCUCGUUUUGUCCCACCAGCAGUGAUAAAACAGAAUGAUAUUUGAUUUAAAGCUGGAACUAGCAGAUAUUUGCUGUUUUUGGUGAUCAAUUAUCCAGAUUAUCUGUUGACUAAUUAAUGAGAUUGAAAGUUCAUUCUUGAUCCCUGAAAACCAGUUGGCUAAACAGUCUCACUACACGAUCCAUUCGUUUUCGUUUGUAUCACACUAUUCCUCAGCAGUUGUCAUGGUAUUGUAGAUGAUCAAAUUUUCAUUUUUUUCUGAGCAUUUUAAUGACUCCUUGUUCAUGUUGGCUAAAAAGUUCAGACUAAAUACAUUUUUGAGCUUGGAAAUAGCAGUUUGCUCAUGAGAUUUGAAGCUACAUUUCUAUGACGACUGCUGAGGAAUACCAUGUGAUACUAUCAAAAGCUGCAGAACAGCUAUUAACGGACCUUUUAAUAGAAAAGAUUGUUUUCCAAACUGAUUGUUUUCAGCCCUAUACAAAUAUAAAAAACAUUUUAAAUUAUAUCCAUAGUUCAUUUCCCAUUAACAUGUGACAUGAAUGAGCUCGAUACAUUUAUAGAUUUAAAAGGUAAACUAUUCUGACAAUACAAUAAUUAGUAAUCUGACCUUGAGUGGCUGUACUCUCCUCUGAAUCCCUGCUCACUCUUAUUUCCUCAGAUACUAAACCAAUAUGCAUCUUUCUACAGUCGACACAAGUUUAAAAUAAGCUCAGAUAAGGUUGUUUUUAAUGACUCAAAUGACUCCUCUCCCCCUUCGCUAUCACUAUUAGUAUCUCUGCUACCUCUUCCUCGUUCAUCCGCUAGCUACCUCUUCUAGAAAUCUUCCUCUCGCUAUCUGCUACCUCUCUGCGCACCCCUUCGCUACCUCUCGUUCCCAUUUCCUUUUUUUUUUUUUUAUUUAAAUCUUUUCCUUUUCCUGCCCACAUGACUGCUGCAUCACUGACUGUUGCCUUCUCCCAAUCUGUCGGAAGAAGCAAACACACGUACAGUCAUUCACUCUCGCUCUCAUUCACCGCGCCCUCCUUUCCCAUUAAACAUCUAACCAGGCUUGUUAUGUAAUAUCACUUAAAUAUGACAGGAAUCUCCCUUACUUAUAUUAUCUUUAAUCGCUACUUUUUUGUGUUAAUGGUAAUGUAUUUUUAAGGAGAAGUUUUGUGUAGAUGGAAGUUAUCUCUGUUCUUUGGAAGUUUGUAGCAUUUGUUUUCCUUUUUUUUUAUUUUGUAUGGGGUCUGUUGGUACUUGGACCUAGACACUGUCGAAUAAACUGUUUUGUAUGA